CGCGGGGACCGCUGGGAUCUUCCUUUCCUACUAGGGCUCUGAGACGGAAACAUGGGCAAGUGUCGUGGACUGCGUACAGCCAGAAAGCUCCGCAACCAUCGCCGUGAGCAGAAAUGGCAUGAUAAGCAGUACAAGAAGGCUCACUUGGGCACUGCCCUGAAGGCUAAUCCCUUUGGAGGAGCUUCCCACGCCAAAGGAAUUGUCCUUGAGAAAGUAGGUGUUGAGGCUAAGCAGCCUAACUCUGCCAUCAGAAAGUGUGUCAGAGUCCAGCUGAUCAAGAACGGCAAGAAGAUCACGGCCUUCGUCCCCAAUGACGGCUGUUUGAACUUUAUUGAGGAGAACGAUGAAGUUCUGGUGGCAGGAUUUGGUCGUAAGGGCCACGCCGUCGGUGAUAUUCCCGGUGUGCGUUUCAAGGUGGUCAAAGUGGCAAAUGUGUCCCUCCUGGCCCUCUACAAAGGCAAGAAGGAGAGACCCAGAUCAUAAACUGUACAGACCUGGACAUCAUUAAAGCAAUUUUUUCAGAUCCGUGAA